AGUAUGACUGUAUGAUAGUAUGAUUCUCCCAAAAUAUUAAAAAUAAUACAAUUUGUAAGAUGCAAAUGUUUAGAUCACUUUCCAACACCAUGAUGUCUUCUUCCAUUGUGAAGCACGCUGUUCAUGCAUCAUCUUCAACUAUUCCAUUCUUUCAAUAUUCUCUCUCCUCCCCUGUUCUUUCUCUUCAACCAAAUUCCAAAAACUCCAUUUUCUUCAAAAGAAAUAAUCUUUCUUGUCAUCCUAUUUUAAUGACUAAUGAACGAAGCUUUUCUGUAAUUAAUGCCUUAUUAUCAGAUUCACAAAAUGGGUCUUAUUCAUCUCCUUCUUUUCAGGGAUCAGAAUCAUUCUUCAGAAGUGUGUUGCAAAAUAUGGAGACUGUUUAUUUGAAUAGGAACCCAACUGCAAAAAAGGUCUUGGAGCUUGUUCAUUCAGCUGGAAAUGAUAGAAUUUGUUAUGAUCAUAUGGCCUUUCGCACAUUUGGGGUUAACGGUCAUGGCAUUGAUUCGAUGGCUGAGAUCUUUCUUGAUUUUGGCUACACUCAGAAGGAUGAACUGAGAUUUCCAGCAAAGAAACUGAAAGCAUACUGGUUCUCCCCUCCUGAUGUGUCCUCUGAAGAAGGGAGUGGCAUUUAUGGACCUUUGCCAAGGGUGUUUAUUUCCGAGCUUCUUGUAGACCAAAUGAGUUCUGAAGCUCAGGAAAUAAUUAAAAAGUACACUGGACUAUCAGGAAAUGGGAAAAACUAUGCUGCUCUUGCCAGUGCACAGGGGUCAUUAACGUGGGAGAAACCCUCGCAUUCUGAAUUUCAACGUUUAGCUAGGGAAAGUGAAUAUGCUGCAUGGACACUUGUCAAUGGAUAUGCCUUGAAUCAUGUCACAAUUUCUAUUCACCGGCUGAACUCUCACUUGAACAAUAUCAACCGGCUUAAUCAGUUCAUUGAGGACAACGGAUUCAAGUUGAACUCUGAAGGAGGAACUCUAAAAGUUAGUCCAGAUGGUUUUCUGCAGCAAAGUUCAACAGUAGCAGAUUCAAUGCCUUUCCAGUUCUCUGAUGGUACAACAGAAUUUGUCCCAUGCUCUUACAUAGAGUUUGCUGAAAGGCUUGUGCUUCCUCAAUACAAAGAUUUCCCUGAUGAAGAGGUUAAGGAGUUCCAUCGACGAGAUGGGUUCGAGGUUGGGAAUGCUGAUAAGAUAUUUGAGAGCACAUCCAUGGAACAGUUGACGCGAAAAGCUACGUAGAAAAACAUGUUUCCGGUCACAUUUAUGUAAAUAGCCUCAGCUGAGAAGCCAAAAUUGUGUUGAUAGAACAUCCUAUAAUAAACAUGAAGUGAGAUAAGUUCAAUAUCCACCAUUUCCUUUGUGAUGGUAAAUUUCCUUAGAUUAGAGGAAAAGGAUUGAAAAGUGUGGCAAGUGCUUCACAAUCUAUAUAUGAUCCCAUUUGGCUUAUGGAAUGGCAAAAAGAACAGUGGUCUAUUGAAUGAAUAAUGUUUAAUUUGACA